GUGUCCCUUGUCAUCCACACCGUCCCAUACCGACAGACAGACCGACCGAGGACAUCAAGAGGCCUCGGAGAAAGCUUUCUCGCAAGCCGCGGCGACGAACCAUGGGUGUUCUUGGUGCCCUUGCCAGGCAUUUGGAUUCCCUUGUUGGGCCAGGAAUCAUGCUGCUUUAUCCGCUGUACGCGUCGAUGCGCGCGAUCGAGAGCCCUUCUUCCCUGGAUGAUCAGCAGUGGCUCACCUACUGGGUGCUGUACUCCCUGAUCACCCUCUUUGAGCUCUCAUGCUGGAAGGCUCUCCAGUGGCUCCCUCUGUGGCCGUACAUGAAGCUCCUCUUCUGCUGCUGGCUGGUGCUGCCGAUCUUCAACGGCGCGGCCUACAUCUACGAGACGCACGUCCGGCGCUACUUCAAGAUCGGGCAGUACGUGAGCCCCGGCUACAGCGAGAGGCAGAGGAAGGUGCUGCAGAUGAUGAGCCUCGACGCGCGCAAGUCCGUCGAGCGCUUCAUCGAGACGCACGGGCCCGGCGCUCUCGAGAAGAUCAUCCAAGCCGCUGAACAGGAAGCCAAGAGAGCCUAGUUUAUCUAGCGUGUGGUGAAGUGGAAGGCAUUCUUUCAACCGGGAGAAGAGAAACGAGUGGAAAUGUAAAUGGCUGCCGUGUGCUGUGAUCGAUAUGCUUCGGCAGCUGUUCUCCUUGUGCCGUGUGCGUGUGUUUGAUCUGUUGGUUGGGCUUGGCAAGAUACCUUGCUGUACAUAAGAGAUGAUCAAUGAAACAUUCAGGCUAUACAUGUGAAAUGUGGUGUGAUGUGAUGUGCUCAACACGAAAUGGAGCACGACCACAACUAGUCUCUGAAUGAAUGAAAACCAGAAUUUUAACUGUCCUGAACACAUCCCUUUCUCUCCACUGAACACCUUAAUCCUUGUGAUGAAUGAAAACCAAUUAUUGCCUAUACCUGUUACAAACUGCAUGGCGUAUUCAUUCUUCAAAAUGAAAAAAAAA